AUGGUGGUUGGCGGAGUGAUAAACACUGGAGAAAUUAGCGGAGGCCUCGAUCUGCAAGCAGACAUUGAGGGGGAUCUUGGCUUUAGGAGUCGCGGCGUACUCGGUGGACUAAUAAACACUGGUUUUAUUGGUGGCGGCGUCAAUGUGAGGUCCUCCGUUGAGGGAGGGGGUGGAACUGGAGGCGGAAGGAAUAGUACCGGUGGUACAGUUUUGGACCCUUUAGUCAUGAAGAUAUUCAACGAAAAGACUGUUGUUAAUUUUGCAUUCCCCAAAGCACCCGAAAAAGAAGGAUAUCUUCUUAAGAAGCGGUCCGAAGCAAAACGAUCCUUUAAUCGACGAUAUUUUGUUCUUCAUGGGAAUAUUCUUGUUUACAGCGAGAGCAAAUUUGGCAAGGAACCACUUGGUGUCAUAUUUUUGGAAGGUCAUUCCGUCGAACUCGUCGAUGAACGGAUGUUUGCCAUACAUUUUCACACUUCCGCUUACACAGGUCGAAGCUAUAUCCUUCAGGCCGAAUCGGAGGCAGAAGCCGAAUCCUGGAUGCAAGCGUUGGCCCAUUGCGGUUCGGAGUUCCUCACUCUCUCUGUAGAAGAGCUGGAGGAUGCAUUUAGAGCGCUCAACUCCCUUGCAGAUUGCCCAGGUGGCGGCAGUGGAGGGAGUCCCGCUCAACGCGCCCCCGUCAAUACCGCUCAUUCAUCCGCUGCUGCUGCUGGUCACAGAAACCCUUUUAACGCUCCAAUAACGUCUUCCCGGGAUCACAGGCAGGGGUGUCAGAAGCAGCAGCAGCAGCAUUCCAUAGACCAUCUGACUGGUCUGAUGAUGCUCUCCUGGGAGAAAAUGCAGGCUAACGUUCGUGAAUACCUUGAUGGUGCAGCCGUACCUGCAGAGGCCACAGCGCAGCAGCAUCUAUGA